AUGGCCGACAUGUUAUUGAAGAAGAUCCCAUACACGUUCAAAGACCCUUCCUUGCUGGACACCCGUUCCUUCAUAGGAGGCAAAUGGGUUGACGCCGGCAAUGGAGACAAGUUUGCCGUGCUCGACCCCAGCGACAACGAGCAGAUCUGCCACGUCGCGGACCUAGGCCGUGACGAGACCCGGCAGGCCAUCGAAGCCGCUCAAUCAGCCUUCACCACGUACCGCAAGACCACGGCGCGCGACCGCCGGUGGCUCAUGCGGAGAUGGGCCGACCUCAUCAAAGCAGCCAAGGACGACCUCGCCGCGAUCUGCACCCUUGAGCUCGGCAAGCCCUUCACCGAGUCCCUCGUCACCGUCAAAUACGGGACCGACUUCCUGGACUGGUUCGAAGGUGCCAUCGAGCGACAGUACGGCGAGACGAUCCCUGCUGCGAAAGGGGAGAACCGAAUCUUCACGAUCCGGCAGCCCCAGGGCGUGGUCGCGGCCAUCACGCCGUGGAAUUCUCCGGUCGCCAUGGUCACCAGGAAAGUCGGUGCCGCGAUCGCGGCGGGCAACACCGUCGUGUGCAAGCCCGCGCCGGAGACGCCGCUGUGCGCCAUUGCCGUGGCGAAACUGUUCGAGCGCGCGGGCGGACCGCCGGGCGUCCUCAACAUCGUGACCUCCAGCACGGAAAAGUCGAAGCUGGUGGGCGAGGAGAUGACGCAGAACCCGCUUGUCAAGCACUUGAGCUUCACCGGCAGCACGGCCGUGGGGCGGUACCUGCAUGCCGAGUGCGCGAAGACGUUCAAGAAGACGAGCAUGGAACUAGGCGGCAACGCGCCUUUCAUUAUCUUUGAGGAUGCAAAGCUGGACAAGGCGGCCGAGGGCCUGAUAUCCUCGAAGUUCCGCUCCUCAGGCCAGACGUGCGUGUGCGCGAACCGCAUCUUCGUCCACCGCUCCGUCAUGGACGCCUUCGCCACCGUGUUGGCCACCAAAUUAAGCAGCACCUUCCGAUACGGCUCCGUGUGGGACAAAAACGUCAACUUCGGGCCGCUAUACUCGGCGAGGGCGUUCGAGAAGAUCCACGCCCAACUCGACGACGCGUUGGCCCACGGCGCCAAAUUACACGCCGAUGAAACGGGCCAGACUCAGCAGGCCGGUCACGACCUCGGUCCCAACUUCUACGCCCCGCGGAUCAUCACUCACGCGACCAAGGAUAUGCGAUUCAUGCGCGAGGAGACGUUCGGCCCGCUGGCGUUCCUCGUCCCCUUUGAUACGGACGACGAGGCGAUCGCGCUGGCCAACGGCACGAGUGCCGGGUUGGCCUCGUAUUUUUUCACGGAGAACAUUUCGCGCGUGUGGCGCAUCAGUGAGGAGCUGGAGUCCGGCAUGGUGGGCGUGAGGGUCGGCUUGAUCAGUGCGUGUGAGCAGCCGUUUGGGGGCAUUAAGGACAGUGGUGUCGGAAGGGAGGGCGGCAAGGACGCCUUGAAUGAAUAUACGGAGAUUAAGAGCAUCACGGUGGGGCUAUGA